CAGAAAAUUAAUCCACCCAAAUUAUGGUCCAAAAUUUUAAAUAUGAAUUGGUCCCCAACAACAGCUUUAGCCUGCGUGAAUUAGUUGCGACGUUCAUACAUCACUGUGCGCCAAUACAGUAAAUUCUCCUAUUUAUAUCCUCUGCCACCACUCCCAAAUUCUCUUCAUCACCAUUUCAAUUCAAAAUCCAUGGCAAUUUUAGCUAUUUUCUUUCUGGGUUUUCUCGCAAUCCUCUCCCCUGUUCACGGCAGAGGCGGCCGCGGCGGCGGAGCUGGUUGGAGAAACGCCCAUGCAACCUUCUACGGCGGCGGCGAUGCAUCUGGAACAAUGGGUGGAGCUUGUGGAUAUGGGAAUUUAUACAGUCAAGGGUAUGGUACAAACACAGCAGCGCUAAGUACAGCUAUGUUCAACAAUGGUUUAAGCUGUGGCUCUUGCUUUGCGAUUAAAUGCGUAAACGACGCUAAAUGGUGUUUGCCGGCGACCAUUGUCGUCACCGCCACCAACUUCUGCCCACCGAACAACGCCUUACCUAACAACAACGGCGGGUGGUGCAACCCUCCAAACCACCACUUCGACCUUUCUCAGCCUGUCUUUCAACACAUUGCCCAAUUCAAAGCCGGAAUCGUCCCUGUUGCUUACAGAAGGGUACCAUGUCGGAGAAGGGGUGGAAUUAGGUUUCAGAUAAAUGGGCACUCGUACUUCAAUCUGGUGUUGAUUACAAACGUGGGUGGCGCCGGUGACGUUCAUGCGGUGGCGGUCAAAGGGUCAAGGACAGGGUGGCAGCAAAUGUCUCGGAACUGGGGGCAAAAUUGGCAAUCCAACUCUUACCUAAACGGGCAGUCUUUAUCCUUUAAGGUCACCACAAGUGAUGGUCGAACUGUCGUGUCUUACAAUGUUGCCCCUGCCCGUUGGUCCUUCGGUCAGACCUUCAGUGGUGCCCAGUUUCACUGAAAAGACAUAUCUACCCUCCAUACCUAAUACGGUAGCGGCAUAUAAAUUAUUAUUUAGUUACUGCUACAAUUUAUGACUCAUAGGGGCUUAUUUUAGAAAAGGUCAAUUUGGUCAUUUUGGUUUUUAAUAUGGUACCCGAGGGCUAAGGGUACCUCUAUUUUUUCUAAAAUUAAAGCAAGGGGAGGGCAGUGGUGGACUUUAACCACCCGCUAGUAGUACUGUAGUGGUAGUAGUUGACUAAAUGUCCUUAUUUGUAAUGGCUUUUAUUGUUGAGGUAGUAGGUUGUAAAUUCAUGUUUUUUUAUGUUGGUAAUGGAAAGUGACUCGUUUAUUACUAUGUUAUUUUUGUUGGUG